AUGGGGGCCAAAGAGUCGAGGAUAGGAUUCCUGUCGUAUGACGAGGCUGUCAAAAGAGUGACCGAUGUGGAGUUGAAGCGGUUGAAAGAUGCCUUCAAGAGGACCAGCGGCCUCUCGUGUUACAUGACCCAGCAAUGCUUCUACAGGGAAGUGCUCGGAGAUGGAGUUCCCCCAAAAGUCGCAGAGGUUAUCUACACCUCAUUUGGAGGAUCAUCCAAAGGACUGCACUUUAACAAUCUGAUUGUGGGGCUGGUGCUUCUGACCAGAGGGCGCGAUGAGGAGAAAGCCAAGUAUCUCUUCAGCCUCUUUGCCAACGAUUUGAGUGGCUAUGCUGCCAGGGAAGAUAUAGAAGCAGUUCUGCAGGUCCUCGAUGGAGAAGUCCCAUCUUCCCUGAAGAAAUGCUUCAUCGAGAGCGACAAGAUAAACUAUGAUCGCUUCAGGAACUGGCUCCUGCAGAACAAGGAGGCCUUCACUUUGUCCCGAUGGCUCCUAUCUGGAGGAGUGUGUGUCACUCUGACAGAUGACAGCGAUACGCCCACUUUCUACCAGACUCUGGCUGGUGUCACUCACUAUGUUCCCUGGAUAAUGGUAUGGUAUCUCUGCUGUCAGUCUGAGAGAGUCGCACCUCUAGUGGAGGAGUCUGACAUUAUAGACUUAGAGAAGCGUUACUGGCUGCUGAAAGCCCAGUCCAGGACAGGCCGCUUUGACUUGGAAACCUUUGUCCCGCUGGUAUCUCCACCCAUCCACGCCUCACUUAGUGAAGGAUUGUUUCAUGCGUUUGAUGAAAAUCGGGACAAUCACAUCGACUUUAAAGAGAUCUCUUGUGGACUCUCUGCGUGCUGUAGAGGGCCCAUUGCUGAAAGGCAGAAAUUUUGCUUCAAAGUUUUUGAUGUGGACCGCGAUGGGGUCCUGUCUCGAGAUGAGCUCCAUGAAAUGGUCGUGGCCUUGCUGGAAGUGUGGAAAGACAAUCGCACAGACACACUGGCCGAACUGCACAGUAGUGUAUCAGACAUAGUGGAGGACAUCCUAAAGAUGCAUGAUACAACCAAGCUGGGUCACCUGACCCUUGAGGACUAUCAGAUCUGGAGCGUGAAGAGCGCUUUGGCCAAUGAGUUCCUAAACCUGCUCUUCCAGGUUUGCCACAUAGUUUUGGGGCUCAGGCCUGCUACCCCUGAGGAGGAGGGGCAAAUCAUAAGGGGUUGGUUAGAGAGGGAGAGCAGACAUGGACUGCAGCCAGGCCAAAAUUGGUUCCUCAUCUCCAUGCUGUGGUGGCAGCAGUGGAAAGACUACGUCAAAUACGAGCAUAAGGGUAUCGUGGUGGAACAGCCCUCCAUCCUCAGCUCUUUCCGAACCCCGAUGGCCACAGCCACCGUGGAGCCCACGCCGCCCGUCAGACUUGGAGGACUUGGGACCUCCGGCCCCAUCAGCCCCUCUGAGGAGAGGUCCCCCGAUGCUGUGUCCAGCGCCUCGGAAGCCACAGAAACCGCUCUGAGUCCUCAGGUAGCUCCUUCGGCCACAGAGAGCUGUUUUGCCCGUCAGCACAACGUGUCGGAUAACAACAAUCAGUGUUUUUCUGGAGCCAAUGGCCACCUCCCCUCCCAGCUGGCAGCACAAAGGCCCGGGGCCAUUGACAACCAACCUCUGGUCACAACUGAUCCCAUGAAGGCCCCUACAUUAACCAUGGAGGGUGGUAGGCUGAAGCGGUCUUUGCAGCUGGUGCCUGGCAGAGACUUCGAGACGGUGCCAGAGCCAGUGUGGCGGGCACUGUACCACUGGUACGGUGCCAACCUCAGCCUGCCACGACCGGUAAUCCUGGAAAGCAAGUCUGGCCAAGCAGAGCUGGAGCUCUUCCCCCGCUACCUCCUCUUCCUCCGCCAGCAGCCGGCCACACGCACUCCCCAGUCCAAUAUCUGGGUCAAUAUGGGUAAUGUGCCGUCCCCCAAUGCUCCUCUGAAGAGGAUGCUGGCUUACACGGGCUGCUUCAGCCGUAUGGGGACCAUCAAAGACAUCCACGUCUACCUGUCGCAGAGGCUCCGCAUUAAGGAAGAGGACAUGAGGCUCUGGCUCUACAAUAGUGAGAACUACCUCACCCUCCUUGAUGACGAAGACCACACUCUGGAAAGCCUGAAGAUCCAUGACGAGCAGCAGCUAGUAAUCGAGGUCAGGAAUAAAGACAUGAGCUGGCCUGAAGAGAUGUCUUUUAUAGCCAACAGUAGUAAAAUGGACCGACACAAAGUUCCUACAGAGAAAGGAGCCACCGGUCUCAGCAACCUCGGUAACACCUGCUUCAUGAACUCCAGCAUUCAGUGUGUGAGCAACACCAAACCUCUCACGGACUACUUUAUCUCAGGGAAACAUCUCUACGAGCUCAACAGAAUCAACCCAAUUGGAAUGAGAGGUCACAUGGCCAAGUGUUACGGCGAUCUGGUGUUGGAGCUCUGGAGCGGAACGCAGAAGAACGUGGCUCCGCUCAAACUAAGGUGGACAAUAGCGAAGUACGCCCCUCGCUUUAAUGGCUUCCAGCAGCAGGACUCUCAGGAGCUGUUGGCCUUCCUCCUGGAUGGUCUCCAUGAGGAUCUGAACAGGGUCCACGAGAAACCUUACGUGGAGCUGAAGGACAGCGACGGCCGGCCUGACUGGGAGGUGGCCUCCGAGGCCUGGGAGAACCACCUGCGCAGGAACCGCUCCAUUGUGGUCGAUCUCUUUCAUGGUCAGCUCAAGUCCCAGGUGAAGUGUAAGACCUGCGGCCACAUCAGCGCUCGCUUUGACCCCUUCAACUUCCUGUCCUUACCCCUGCCAAUGGACAGCUCCAUGCAUUUGGAGAUCACCGUUAUUAAACUGGACGGCUCCACACCCGUGCGCUACGGACUCAGGCUGAAUAUGGACGAGAAGUACACGGGGCUGAAGAAACAGCUGAGUGAACUCUGCAGCCUGAAGCCGGAGCAGAUCCUACUGGCCGAGGUCCACGUUUCCAACAUUAAGAACUUCCCUCAGGACAACCAGAAGGUCCGUCUGUCUGUGAACGGCUUCCUCUGCGCGUUCGAGGUUCCGGUGCCAGGUUCUCCAACGUCACUGAGCUCUCCCACAUUGACAGACACCACUCCAAUAGCCAACGGCUCUGCUACUCACGGGGACCUGGGCAACUUUAUCCCUAACGGUGGACCCAGCGCCAUCGUGCCCUCCAGUCCAGACACACCGCUGGUCAACGGAGUUGCCAAUGGACAUAUCACACCGGUACAGGAGAGCCCUUUCACUGGAUACAUCAUUGCUAUGCACAGGAAGAUGAUGCGCACAGAGUUGUACUUCCUGUCAUCUCAAAAGAACCGACCCAGCCUGUUUGGAAUGCCGCUCAUUGUUCCAUGCACCGUUCACACCAGUAAGAAGGACUUGUACGAUGCGGUGUGGAUCCAAGUGUCCCGACUAGCCAGCCCUCUGCCCCCACAAGAGGCCAGCAACCACGCCCAGGACUGUGACGACAGCAUGGGUUACCAGUACCCCUUCACUUUACGGGUGGUGGGAAAGGACGGCAACGCUUGUGCCUGGUGCCCCUGGUACAGGUUUUGUAGAGGGUGUACUAUAGAGUGUACAGAGGACAGAGCAUCUGUAGGAAAUGCUUAUAUAGCUGUGGAUUGGGACCCCACGGCCCUGCACCUCCGCUACCAGACCUCCCAGGAAAGGAUUGUGGAGGAGCACUGCAGUGUGGAGCAGUCUCGUCGAGCUCAGGCGGAGCCCAUCAGCUUGGACAGCUGUCUAAAGGCCUUCACCAGCGAGGAAGAGCUGGGAGAGGAUGAGCUCUACUACUGCUCCAAGUGCAAGACGCAUCGGCUGGCAACUAAAAAGCUGGAUCUCUGGAGACUGCCUCCGAUAUUGAUUGUUCACCUGAAGCGCUUCCAGUUUGUCAACGGACGCUGGAUCAAGUCGCAGAAGAUUGUCAAAUUCCCGCGGGAGAACUUUGACCCCAGCGCCUUCCUAGCUCCCCGAGAUCUGGUGCAGCACAGCCUCCACUCGCGGAGCGAGAGCGAGGACCUGCUGAGGGUUGGAGAAGACAACCUGUCCUCCAUAUCUGCUCCGGCUGGAUUCUGCAACCUCCCCAAAGCCUCGCCCGCAUCGAGCAGAAGAUCAGCACCUUCUCUCAGCCGGAACAGCAGCCCCUCUGGCAGCCCGAAGACCGGCGGCCGCAGACCGGGCCGGCUACGCCUGCCCCAACUGGGCAGCAAGCACCGGCUGUGCAGCAGCAAGGAGAACCUGGAGGGGUGCGCCAACCCGGAGGGCGAGUCCCGGGACGGCACGCUAACAGCAGCAGACGCCGAAGCGGCGGUGGUGGGGACGGCGGUGGCGGGGGCUCUCCCAGGAGAGCAGAUGGCGUCCGAGUCGUCCUGCGGCACGGAGGCAUCCAGCAGCCACUGCGACGUGGUCCUGAUGAACGGCGACAGCAACGGGCUGGGCUCGGACUGCAGCAUAGAGAGCAGCAUGGACCCCGACAGUUCUCUGCUACAGUACCGAGACAACAUGUGUCUGGACGCCAUCUACAACCUCUAUGCAAUAUCUUGCCAUUCAGGUAUUAUGGGAGGAGGCCACUAUGUGACAUAUGCCAAAAAUCCCAAUGGGAAGUGGUACUGUUACAAUGACAGCAGCUGUAAGGAAGUGCACUCUGAGGAAAUCGACACCGACUCGGCCUACAUCCUUUUCUACGAGCAGCAGGGAGUGGACUACUCGCAGUUCCUGCCAAAGAUUGACGGCAAGAAGAUGGCCGACACAAGUAGCAUGGACGAGGACUUCGAGUCGGACUACAAGAAGUACUGCGUCCUCCAGUGAACGCUCCCGGUCUUCCCGCAAGCCAGUAACCCCACACACCCGCUGGCCUUUGCUUUCAGCUUUCGCGCUCUGAACAGGAGACGCCAGGCGUCCAGAGCCCUCUGAAGAAAUUCUCACAAACUGCUAACGAUUCCAGGCGGGCGGUGCUCGUUGUCCUUAGAGAUGCGUCGCAGCACUUUUUACACACUCGAUCGCAUACGCGGAUUAUGAAAAAACGUUUGCCAAGGCAACGGUGAAGCUCCCUCCUGUGAAAGCACUAACCUGGUGCACUUUGUCGAGCCCAACGAAACAACCAACAACCCCCACCCUAAAAAAAAACAAAAAAAAAAC